UAGCAUUUCCUGUCUGUCGUGUCAAAACUGAAAGUUAGAAACGAUAGAAAAGAUAUGAAUUUGUAGCAUCCUAAUCCCAGUUAAAUCGCACUGUCGACCGCCGAAAUUAUGGAAAACGAGAGUAUUGUCCUUUUAAGUGUUCCGUCGACACAGACAAUUACCAAUUCAAACACGCGCGUUUUUAUAAACAAAGAGUACAACAGGAGAAAACAUAAUGACUACGAUCAACAAAUAGAUGUCAACUGGAACAAAAGAGUCUCGGAAAAUCCGAAGAUUUUUAAUGGAACUAAAUUUCGCCUAUCGUCUGUUUCUCUUUCUAAUGAUAUUUUGACUUUGAACUUGGGACUGACAUGUUAUAAGGAUUUUUUAGGAACAAAUUGGGGUAAGAAUGCUAAGGUCUUGGCUGAGGACGGUGUCCGGGAUUUUCAGGACAGCCAGGCAUACAUGUCUGAUCCGCUGGGAGUCGGCACGAUUGUCCUGACGACGGACGAUAAGGUUAUUUUCCUAGUUAGGAGUGAACAUUGUGCAGAAGCACCAGGGAUGUGGGAUGUUCCAGGGGGUCAUCCAGAGCCACAGGAAAUUGUUGGAAAGAUUCCUUUGGAGGAAAUAAAGUUUUCGGAUCUGAAUGAAGAAAAAGUUGUGCGUGAGAUUUAUGAUUCAAUAAUGAGAGAAGUUGUUGAUGAAGUGAACAUUCCAGCUUCCUCCCUCUCACAACCAAACUUCAUUGGUGUGGCUCAAAAUAUUUCUGCAGCAAGGCGUCCAAGUGCUGAGUUUAUAAUCAGGUGUAGUUUGUCCUCGUCAGAAGUUAGGGACCUGUACACCAAAGGAAACCAGGAGGAGGCUUACGAGUCUACAAACGUCCAGUUUAUACCCAGGGACACUGUGCUCAGCUUAACACCGAGUCAUGAGAUGUGGGGCAAUCUAGCUCCAUCCGCCAAAGGCUGCGUCAUGUUGUACAAAUUAUAUAGUAACAUUCACUGAUACUGUGGUUUUAUUUUAUUAUUUUAGGGGUGGGUGGUCAGAUUUUUAUGGUUUUUGGCUAAAAAUAAAUUUUUUUACCAACAACCUCAUAUUCUUUUCUUUCAUUCAUGAAAUUUUCAUUUCUGAUCACCUUAUUAUUGGUUUGGCUCACGUUAUGAAAACAGCAAUUCAUUGUAAAGAAUUUGUUUGCAUUACAUAAAAACGAAAAAGUGUUUUAUAUAGAUUUUUAUAAAUGUAUAAUAUGGGGAAAAUAA